GAUUGUAUUAAAAAAUACAUUUGGUGUUUUGCAGUACUGAUUUUGAAGUUAAAUAUCACGUUCUAAUAAGUUAUAUGUAUAUAUACUCUUAACAACAGUAUAUAUCUAAGCUGUUUUCAGUAAUACUGCAAAAGUUUUUUAAUUUAAUAUUUUGUUCUUUCAUGGCCUCUGUUUCAUUUAGGAAAGUAACCGACAAUUUAUGAAACUGGGAAAGUCAUCAUGUCAAGUGUGUUACCAGGACUUGAAAUUCUUCAUCAUCAAGUGUCUUCCAGCUUAACAAGUAAAGAAGAUGCCUUAGUUUCUGUAAUUCACUGGAUGCUAAUUAGCGGUGGGAUGAAAUGUCUUGGUAUAGGAGAUGAGUGGCCAAGUGAUGAAGGAAGUGCAUCAGAACUGUUACCACCCAACUGGAACAGUAACCAAGAAGCAUACUUGCUGAGAUACAAGAACAAGUCUGGGGUGGGAUCUUUUUUGUUGAAGGUUGUUAAGGUUGGUCCUUCGAUUCUGGUAAAUGUUGUGGUAAGUUUGUUUAUUUCGCUAUCAAUCUGAAAAAUAUCUCAUAAU